AUGUCCAACCGCAAAUCCAUCCUUGACUUUCCCCCCUACCAUUCACCAAUCACACCACACCUCCUCUUCAACGCCGACAUCCCACUAUUCUUGGCUCAAUGUUUGUCCCAAGACUGUCCGCAAAUGCUCGGCGUCCGCGUUCUUGCCGAGCGUGAAAAACACAACAUUGCUGCCUACCGAAGGCUCCUCGCCCGACUCCUAAUCCUUGUCGACUGGUGCGACGCCGAACAGUCAAUCGGCCAGUCCGGCUUGAUCAACCACCAGGUCAACUUCCGAUACGCUAGCCGUAUCUGGUCUGAAAUCCCAGACGACGGUGACAUGGCCGCAAUGUGGCCCAAUUACCUAGCCGAUCCCCCCACCCCUUUCCGCCGUCGUUACUUCAGCCCUGAUUCCUCUCCACGACGUUCCGCGUCCCCCCGACGCCACUCUUCACAUCGUCGCCCGGCCCCCCGCCGCCGAAGCUACUCCCUCUCCUCUUCAUCUUCCGGCUCGCAGUCUGAAGGCUCCUCGCGACGCCAUAGCUUCCAUGCCUCUCCUCUUCCUCGCACCCCUUCUCCACCCCCUCCAUCACCCACGCCCUCGCCACCGACACCGCCCCUCCCACCCACCACUGCCCACGUCAUCAUCACUAAGGUGACGAUCCACCUGUCCAAACGAGACAAAAUCUACCUCAAUUUCCACUACACACACAAAGGUCUCGCCUCCAUCGCCAGGUGGGACUCUCCCCCUGCCCAU